AUGUGGUCGAUCUGUCGCUCGAUCCAGCUUGCCGCGCUGUUCAUUCACAUCAACUUACUUGCAUUUGGGGCAGCGGCUAUCGUGUCGGCCAACAGUGAAGGCUUCGGGCAAUUAGACGCAUCUCAGGAUGAUCACGCCGUCGCAUUAUCCGGAGAGUCCGCCCGUUUUGUUAUCAGGAACAGCAGCGACGUAACGACAACUGGCACGUCGUCCCCUGCGUUCACGCCAACUCUCACCUCCAGUACCUCCGAGACCCCGAUCUUGACCUCGACUCCGGCAUCGAGCUCUACCUCUCUGUUGCUUACGAGCUCGGGCGGGUCGGGGAUCAUUCCCACCUUCACGUCUCCGGUCGUUAGUUCUACCAGCACGUCUUCCAGUUUCGCUACUUCGCCCGCUACAACGACAUCGCUCGGCUCUGUUACUUUGACCAGCUCGAUCACUUCCGGUAUCCUGCCCACCUUCACCUCUCCCGUACUGAGCUCUACCCCCGCAUCUAGCACCUCAGCGUCCGCGUCUCCGUCCACCUCGUCCUCCGGUACAUUAGGCUCGCUGCAAGCGCCUGGACUGACGUGGCUGGUGUUGGCCGGCUUGUUCACCCUUCAAUACUGA